GCGACCGAGCUCGCGUCUCCGGCGCCAUUUGCAACCGCCGUCCGUCCUUGGUGGCCCUGAGCUGGAGUGCGCGGAUCCAGGCCCCAUGUUGCCAUCCCACACCUCAGAUGCAUAAAAACAGGAGCCGUCUGGACAGCCUCUCCCUUCCCCAAUCCCUCCUGGCCCUGGAGGGAGGCUAGUAGCGUCAGCAGCUGCAGAGCUGGAGGAGUGGUCCAUGGACCUGCCAGGAGGCCGGGCUGGUGGCCCCGCUGCAGAAAUGUACCUUUGGGAGCAGCCUGAGGAGGAAGGCACAAGGCCACUGCUCAGCCUGGAGGAGCAGAUCCUCAACUCCACCUUUGAAGCCUGUGACCCCCACAGGACAGGUACUGUGGCUGUGGCCCACCUGCUGGCCUACCUGGAAGCCGUGACAGGCCAAGGCCCCCAGGACACACGCCUCCAAACACUGGCCCGAAGAUUGGACCCAUACGGGCAGGGCCCAGGGGCCACUGUGGACUUGGACACCUUCCUGGUGGUCAUGCGGGACUGGAUUGUUGCCUGUCAGCUGCCUGGGGGAUUAGAGCGGGUGGAGGAGACCGCCUUCGAGGGAGCCCUGGCCUCCCCGCACCUGCCAUCUGCGUGCCCAGAAGCUGAAGAGCCGGCGAACCUGGAGAGCUUUGGAGGCGAAGACCCCAGGCCUGAGGGGCCUGCCACAGCUGAGCUGCUCAGCAGCCUGGAGGACCUGGAGCUCAGCAACCGGCGCCUGGCCGGGGAGAACGCCAAGCUGCAGCGCAGUGUGGAGACAGCCGAGGAGAGCUCUGCACGCCUUGGGGAGGAGAUCGCAGCCCUGCGCAAGCAGCUUCGAGGCACCCAGCAGGCCCUGCAGGUGGCCAAGGCCAUGGAUGAGGAACUAGAGGACCUGAAGACUCUGGCAAAGAGCCUGGAAGAACAGAACCGCAGUCUACUGGCUCAGGCCCGGCAAACGGAGAAGGAACAGCAGCACCUGGUGGCUGAGGUGGAGACGCUGCAGGAGGAGAAUGGGAAGCUGCUAGCCGAGCGGGAUGGAGUGAAGAGGCGGAGUGAGGAGCUGGCCACGGAGAAGGACGCUCUGAAGCGGCAGCUCUGUGAGUGCGAACGCCUCGUUUGCCAGCACGAAGCAGUCCUCUCCGAGCGCACCCGCCAUGCAGAGAAUCUGGCCCAGACCCUGGAGGAAUACAGGAGCACCACCCAGGAACUAAGGCGAGAAAUCUUGAACCUGGAGGAGCAGCUGAGUCAGAGCCAGGAGAGUCAGGAUGAGCUGCUGGAAGGGGUAGAGGCAGGAAGAGCAGGCUGGACUGUGGCACUGCCCCCAUCACUGGGCUUGGAGAUCCAGGCCAUCCGGCAGGAGCAGGCCAUGGCAGGCACUGGCCUCUCCAGUCCUCUGUGUGGACUAUGGCGGUGGGAGGAGCCCGGGUUUCCCUCUGGGGAUGGUGACAGGCAACAGAGAAACUUCCAAAGAGAGCCAGAAGGAAGCCGGGCGCCAUCCCCAAGGUUGCCCAGAAGAGAGGAAGAGGAGGAAGCAAAGGAGGAAGAGCAGAGCUGGGUCCUGGCCCAGUCCCCCAACGCUCUGGGAGACUCUCACCGUUCUCAUACCCCAGCAGGCGCCCCCAACAGCCGCCCAGCCACAGCGGAGCUGCCGCGAGCCCUGGUGCCUAUGCAGACAGAUCUCGUCCCGGUCUGGAAGCCGAGUGCGCAGCGAUGCCUGCGCCCCCAGCGCCCUCCGCGGCUCAGGGUCAGCCGGCACUCACUGGUGCCCACGCCCGUGCUGUGCCUGCUGCUGCUGCUGCUGCUGCUGUCCGUCCUGCUGCUCGGCCAGUCCCCGCCCCCAACCUGGCCCCACCUGCAGCUCUGCUACCUGCAGCCCCCACCGGUGUGAGGCCCUGGACCCCGCCCCCCGCCGCACCUCCUGCCGCACCCCCACCGCGGUCCCACCUUGCCGGAGCCGGACCAGCAGCCCCAUCCCCACGUGUUUGCGCGUGACUGUGACCUCUCGCGUUUCUUUAACAAUAGCAA